AUGGAGAGAAACAGGUUGAUGAACAGCAUGAAAGACUCAUCAGGUUUGGAUCGUAUAGACCUUAUAAACAGCAGCAGCAACAACAAAGUUAGAGACUCUUGGGAGUAUAACAAUGGCAGUUUUGGAGGAGAUAUGUUAGGUGGGUUUCCAUGGCCUCCAAGAUCGUAUACAUGUAGCUUCUGUAAAAGGGAAUUUAAGUCUGCUCAAGCUCUUGGGGGUCAUAUGAACGUUCACAGGAGAGAUAGAGCCAGGAUGAGACAAUCACCUCCAUGGGAAGUUCAGUGUUCUCAAAACAAGCCUAACCCAAAUCCCAAUCCAAGCCCCAAUGUUGAUUUCUUAUCAUCAUCUCACUCCACUAGACUCCCUUCAUUCACUUACACAUUUCCUUCAUUGCUUUCACCCUCUCUUGCUUGUUUCUCUUCAUCACCCACUUCUGCAUCCUCCGCUGAACUGAAGACAAGGACUGGUUCUCUGCUAGAUGCUUCGUGCAGCUCAAAAGGCGGAGAUACUGCACAGAGUAGAACUAUGAAACCUCGCUUUGGGGUUAGAGAAUUGAAGGGUCUUAGGCAACAAGAUGAGUGCAAGCUUUUGAAGACGGCAGAGAUCGUUAGGCUGGAUCUGGAGAUCGGUCUCUGUAGAGAGUCAAAGGAGGAUUUGGAUUUGGAACUUCGACUUGGGUACUACUAG